CUGAUCUGGAUUACGCACACGGGUAUCAUUGGUUCACGCCGACGCACAAGGCCUGUAGUUUGAAAGCUGUCGGGGCCCAGGCGAGUAGCCACAUUGCGAACAAAGUUACAAUAUUUUGAAAUGAAUUAAAGGAAAUGUUGAGCCGUUUUGCCCGGAAAGACGUUUGCUACUCUUGGACCAUGCUGUGGUAAGAGGGAGCAACAACUCGGCAGGAUACGUGGAAGCAGACGUGUUUUUGAAUAGCAUUGUUUUAUUACAUCUUGACUGAGUUGCAUUGAACUCCACGCAAGGAGAAAAGAACGCUAGCUGGCUACGGUGCUAGCGGCUAGAUAGCUAGCGGCGGCUAUCCAGCCGACUCGUGUGCUAUUCACUUCCUUAUUGCACAUUGGAGUGUGAUGGAAGGCGAGAAGAAGUUUGUGAGAGGGAGACGGAUUUUUUUUACUUCCACUUUAACACUAUCCGGUUAAUGGAUUUACAUACUUGCACGGCUUAAAACAUUUCAGAAGAACUGGAUUUUAAAUUUAGAGCGGCUUUUGGCCUAUGCUUUGACCAUGAAAUGGAAUGCGACUGUCUAGCUGGACACAGUUAGCUAUUGGAGGCUAGCUGGCUAAACAGACUACCGUUAGCUAGCAAAUCUGGGAGAUGUCCGUCCUGGAGUACAAUGGUUGAGUACCGACUGGCUCUAUAACUAAACACCAUAUUGUGGUUUUUAUGUGACGGAAUCGGCAGGCACCAAGUGUCAUGAAUUACCGUCUGUGGUAACUCACUUUUUCUGGAACCUCAAACGAGCUAGCGUUGUAAUGCUAAUGUUAAGCUUGUGAUUUAGCUAGCCAGCUAGCUGGCUGUCUAAUUGUGAAUUUGCUGUAACGUUAGCUAACUAGCCUUUUACACAGCUAGCCCAAUGUUUUGUUCCACAACAAAACAAGGAACAUAGUUUAGGUAAAGUAUAUAAUAUAAAGAUUAUUCUCAACGUGGCUAUAGCGUUUAUUUUGUAGAUAAAUGCCUAAUUCAGAGGUGCUUCGUGAGGGUCGGGGACGGAGCCCCUCUGCACAGAGAAAUGCUAACAGGCAGGACAGGCGUAGUAAACCAGGGAGCGGUGCUGCUCAGCGAGAUAGACACCGUGAGAAGAGGCGGUCAUCGGUUCCUGGAAGAAAGAAACGCAGACAGGCCAAGGAAAGAUACUUGUGGCAUACCGGUACAACAGGAGACCCUGACAAUGACCGAAAAAGCACUUUUGAAAAGGAGGCUGAACUUCGGACAUUGGUAGAGUAUGAUGACGUGAGCUCCCAGUCAGAGCGAUUUUCUGGGAGCCCCUCUCCUAAACUUGACCCCCAUGCUGACAGGCUGUCAGAGGACCGACUCAGCGAUGUUGACUUUGGUGACUAUAAUGGACCAGCAUCCCCAGAGAGAAGUCACCCGAGAGACCGAGAGGGAGUGUGCGUUAGUAAGGACGAACAAACAAGAGGACCAUCUGAGAAGAACAAGCAAGAAAAGGAGCUAGGCAGGAAAAAGGACCGCCAGAGCCGUGAGAGAGACUCCUCAAAAGCUAGGAGUGGAGGUAGCCUUAGUGGCUCUAAAAAUCACAGAGACACUACAAGGAGCAAUGACAGAAAUGGUAAAAGGACAUCUACAUCGCAGUCCUCACAAUCUGCAGAUAAAAGGGAUUCAAAGAGUCACAGAAGCAAAACAAGAUCUGAUAAGGAGCCCCCAUCUUCAUAUAGAGAUGCUCCACAGUCAUACAGAGAUGACCGUGAAGACCUCAGGGCAUACAGGAGAAGUCCUGGUUUGAAAGCAGAAAGUCCCUAUGGGACAUCAUAUUCAUAUAGCUACCAGUCUCCCGGUGGUUAUAAUCAGCUAAUAUCUAGAAGAAGUCCAACUUAUGGGAGCAAAAGACUGUCUCCCAGUUCAACAUAUUACAGCCGGGAGGUAGAUGUAUAUGGGGCAUAUGGUUUGACAAAGUCACCCAGUUCAUACUCCAGCAACAAAAGGAAGCGAUCCCCUGUGAGCCCAGUGACCUGGCGCAGGUCUCCAAGUUAUGGCCGACACAGUCCGUAUGAGCAAGGAGAGUUUGGUUCAAGUCCUUAUGGAAACCGCAGGAGAUCACGAAGUCCAUACAGAAAGUCCCUGAGCCCAAGUCCAGAUGUCAGGCGAUCUGCUAGGUCACGUAGCAGAAGUCCAUAUUCAUCCUCAAGGCAUUCACGUUCUCGCAGCCGUCACCGGCACUCUCGCUCCCGCAGUCGCCCCUCUAGCCUCUCACCAAGCACGCUCACCUUCAAAACCAGUCUUGCUGCAGAACUCAGCAAGCAGAAAAAGGUUAAAGCCGCAGAAGCAGCUGCCAAGGCCAAGAACUCCAGCAACACAUCUACUCCAACCAAGGGUUCCUCAUCUGCUCACCAGCCCAGCCCUAAGUCCAAUCACUCAUCUAGAAAGGGCCGCCCUCCCUCUCCACCACAACCAGAGAAAGGUCCCAGAACUCCCACAUCGAGCCAGCCUCAAUCCCCCUCUGACCGGUCGUCCAAGAGGACCACUGACCACCAGACCAGCAGGGACAGAGAUGGUAAGGGGAAAGAUGACCCUGUACAUCGGGACAAAAGGAAAGCACCAGCAUCUGGACAGAGUAAAGACAAGGAACGAGCCAUUGGUCCACUCAUCUCUACUCUCGCAUCCCUACCGUUGCCCCAAACAGUUCUUGAGCACAUUGAUAAAGGAGAAAGCUUGAAGGACAGCUCACUCUCAGGGAAGAAAAAGUCAGAGAGAAAGGCCCGUCAGCUUCUUACCGACUUGCCUUUGCCCCCUGAACUUCCUGGCAGCAUGUCUUCCCCUCACAGCCCGCCUGAGGACAAAAAGUCCCAAACACUUCGGCGAAGACCUAAAAUUUGUGGCCCAAGAUACGGGGAGAUUAAGGAAACUGAGAUAGACUGGGGCAAACGCUGUGUGGACAAGUUUGAGAUCAUUGGAAUCACAGGGGAAGGCACCUACGGUCAGGUGUACAAAGCAAAAGACAAAGACACUGCUGAAAUGGUGGCUUUGAAGAAGGUUCGACUGGACAAUGAAAAGGAGGGCUUCCCAAUCACAGCCAUCAGAGAGAUUAAGAUUUUGCGACAACUCAACCACAAGAGCAUCAUAAACAUGAAGGAGAUUGUCACAGACAAGGAAGAUGCUUUAGAUUUCAAGAAUGAUAAAGGUGCUUUCUAUCUUGUAUUUGAAUACAUGGACCACGACCUGAUGGGUUUGCUCGAGUCUGGCCUGGUCCAUUUCAACGAGAGCCACAUUAAGUCUUUCAUGCGACAGUUGCUGGAAGGCCUCGAUUACUGCCACAAGAAGAACUUUCUGCACAGAGACAUCAAGUGCUCCAAUAUUCUGCUCAAUAACAAAGGUCAAAUAAAGCUUGCAGACUUUGGUCUUGCUCGGCUGUAUAACUCUGAAGAGAGUCGUCCAUACACCAAUAAAGUGAUUACACUAUGGUACCGUCCCCCAGAGUUACUUCUGGGAGAAGAGAGGUACACACCGGCUAUUGAUGUGUGGAGCUGCGGAUGCAUUCUUGGAGAACUGUUCACAAAGAAACCAAUUUUUCAAGCUAACCAGGAGCUUGCCCAGUUAGAGCUUAUCAGCCGAAUAUGUGGCAGCCCCUGCCCUGCUGUCUGGCCAGAUGUGAUUAAACUUCCCUUCUUCAACACCAUGAAACCAAAGAAACAGUAUAGGAGACGGUUACGAGAGGAGUAUGCUUUCAUCCCUCCGUCUGCCCUAGAUCUGUUUGACCACAUGUUAAACUUGGACCCCAGCAAACGCUGUACAUCUGAACAAGCGUUAGGCAGUGAGUUCCUGAAGGACGUGGACCCAGACAAGAUGCCCCCCCCAGAUCUUCCACUGUGGCAGGACUGUCAUGAGCUGUGGAGUAAGAAACGUAGGCGACAGAAGCAGGUACCAGAGGAACUGGCAGCCCCUAAGGCGCCCCGUAAAGAGCUAGGCCUUGACGACAGCCGCAGUAACACUCCCCAGGGUUUCCCUGCUCCUGGAGGUAUCAAAGCUCAGAAUGCAGCUGCUUCUGCGCUACUGGACCCAAAGGGUCCAAACUCCCAGUUAACCCAGGAGCAGCUGGCGGUCCUCCUGAAUUUCCUUGGCCAGCCCAAGAGUGCGGUCAACGCGGCCCAGUUUGUCCAAUCCAUGAGCACAAAGGUCAAUCAGGAAACAUUACAGCAGCUCUCCAAAGCCCUAGCUCCUACUGAACCAGCUGAGCCUCCUCCUCAACCUACACCUGCCAAGCCUCCCCAGCCCGCUGCUCCUGCAGGAGUGCCACGUACACCCCCAAUGCCCAAGCCUCCUUCACCCCCCAUGUCUGCACCGUCAGGUAUUCCAGAAGGAGAGGCCGCAGCUGCCACGCAGACAGCCAUGACGAUGCUGCUGGCUCAGCUCCUCCAGGCUCAGCAGGGUCAGAGGCAGGAACCAAGUGAUGGUGGAGAAGGGGCGGAGAGUACCAAUCCUGCAGGAGGAGCACCAGGGGGGCAGCCUCUACCUCCAGAGGUCAAACAGCCUCCAGAGCCCAGCCCAGUCUCUCCAGUGUCUGAAGUAGGUGGAGUGUCCAUCCUGCCCCCAGACCAGAGACCACCUGAGCCUCCAGAGCCACCUCCACAUGCUGACCUGGACUACCGGCAGCCUCCACCUGAACCCAAGACUGGCCACGCUCCCCCUAUUGCGUCUGCAGGUGGAGGUGAUGGAGGGAGACCCCCCGAGCCAGACUACCCACCUCUCCCUACUGCAGAGGGACCAGGAUACGGGGGAGACUACAGCCAUCCACCUCCUCCACCCUUCACUCCUGCAGGGUUUGGGGAGGGCUACAUGGGUCACAUGUUAGGUGGAGGCAUGCCCCCUCACGCUCUGAGAGAAGUGUUUAGUGGACCAGGCCAGGCUGCUGGCUCCUCGUCUGCUGCAGGCGCGCUGGCCCCGGCCCACCCAGACUCCUUCCCUCCAGGCGGUGGAGCCACUGGACCAAGCAGCAUGGUGUUCACUGGGGACAAGGACCACCGUUUUAAGUAUAAUCACAGCCCCUUACCUGUGGAGGGACAGCCUAGCCCUAGUGCUAUCCACCUGUACAACCACGCCAUGGCUAGAAAGGAUGGUGUACCUCCUCCCCCACCGAUCCCAGCACCAGGACAACCCUGGGGCUCCCCUUCCCAAGUCGGGGCUCCACCACUACCCCUCGGUUUUGUCCCACAUGUGAACUCAACAGCAACAAUCAGAGGACGAGGCCUGCCUUUCUGAAAGACUGGAAACAUGAACUGGCAGGUUGUGACAAUGGACAAAAGGCUGUAGGACUCAGUUUGGAGCCUGAAGCCUCUCAGGCCAGACAAGACAGAUGUGGAGAUGCACACUCAGUUUGUAAUAACUUAAAUCUGUGUAAAGCAUUGUAUUCCUCCUCAAUGUGGAAUGUGGAGUAUGUUGCAGCAGGACAGCUGAAUAACACCGGAGGAGCUUUUCUUGCUCAUACCAUUUUCAUAUUUUUUUGUAAUCUAUUCUGCUGUCUUUUAAAUUAAACUUUUACCUUUUUUGAGUGUACAUUUAUCAGGCCGGGUAAAUUUUAAAUCUCUACCUUAGCCUUCCUGUAAUUGCUCCAGGGCAGACUAGUAUUAAUGUUUUGCACUACUGACUGAAGUAGGCGGAAACUAUUUUAGCUAUGAAAGGAAAUGGAUGAUGUGCUUUAUCUGCACAAUUAGGAAUAUGACCAGUAAUGUAGUGUCCUAUUUUUUAUGGCCCUGAUUAUGUUGAAACAGUGAUGGCUCAGUUGAUUGCGUUGAUGGCUUAGGUAUGAGCACAGGGAGCUAUUUGAAGAAAAGGGCUGUUCCAGAGAGACUGGUAGCACUUGGACGACUGCAGCAAAUCUAAUCUGAAUUCACGGAGAGGCUGUUUUCACUUUAAAUUCCACAUGCCCUUUUGCAAAUAGGUGUUGUAAAAUCAUGAGCAAAACAAAAACACACAUAACCCAAGUUCAAAAAGGAAACAAUGUCUUUUUUUUUUUUGUACUAAAAUGAUUUUGUCCCCCUCCCUCCUCCUUUGGCAAAUGUUUAUUAAAGAAAUGCCAACAACA